CGGGGACACCUUUACGCCGGGGAAAGCCCUGUUAAGUGUUUUUUUAAAAAGUUCCCAACGUCCGUUUGCGGUAUCUUAACGACCCGUUUCCAGUAUGAAUCCGGGGAGCACCCAUUCGAACAAUGCAUUUUAGUCAAGCAUCUGUGAAGAACGCAGACAAAGGAAAAGUAAAAAAAAGUGAGAAGUGGCGGUGGUGGAGAAGACGAGAUAAAGGAAGAACGAGGCUGUAAUCAGACUAGGUUCCGAUAAGAGUGUGCUGUGGUUGCACCGGGCGAGCGACCAGCCGCCGGUCCAGAGCGGGACGUUUUCCUCAGCCCGCCUGCCCCUUUGCCAGAAGGACUGGGGAAGGAGGCGCCUGAGAGGGCGGCGCCCUUGGGCUGGAGGAAGUUUUUGCACUUGGGCGGCAGAAGGGGAAAGAGAAGAAAAGCGCUUGGGGCUGAGCGGCAGCCUGAGAGCGCGAGAGUGGCAAGGAGGAGCUUGCCGAGUCCAUCACCUCUUCCACUCCAGCAGCAGCUCCCUCUGGGGGAUUUUACAGUCAUUGGACAGCCCUGCGUCUCUUUCUCCCUCUAGCUCCCGGCUGUAGCAGCUGCCCGCCGCCGCCGCUGCCUCGACUAGCAGCACGAUGGGCGGAUCUGGCUCCACUUUGCUGGACGAGAGCAAGUGCACCUACAUCCGAGGAAAGACAGAAGCUGUGAUCAAGAACUUCAGUCCACAUUAUAAACGCCAAUAUGCAGUGUCCUUUUGCAAGCACAUCGAGAAUGAACUGGAACAAAACAGAGACCUGCAGUCCCAGUUCUUAAAAACAAAGCCUCCUGCAGAAUCCAGCGUGGUCAUUUAUGAAGGGGAGCUGUCACAUUUUGCUGAAGAAUUGAAGAAAUGGAAAGACAGAUAUAUAGUGGUUAAUAACAACUAUGCUGUGGAGAGCUUUGAAAGCAAAGAGGCUUUCCAGAAGGGCAUUAGUCCUAAAAGCUGCAUUCUACCGGUUGGAGGCAAAGUUCUGACGACAGAAGAAGAAUAUAACUCAUUAUCUGAUAAACAUUUUACAGACCCAAACAGUUCAAAUGAAAAAGAAAAUGCCCAGGCUUUUGUUGUCCUCCCAAAGGAAUUUCCAGUCUAUCUGUGGCAACCUUUCCUCAGACACAGUUACUUCUGCUUUCCAAAUCCAGAGUCUCAGAAGCAAUUCAGCACAGUAUUGAAUGAUUGCAUCAGACACUUAAACCAUGAUUUUUUCAAGCAAAUGUCAUUUGAAGCUCAAGCAUUUCUAGAAGCUGUCCAGUUUUUCCGUCAGGAGAAAGGCCACUAUGGGUCAUGGGAAAUGAUGACUGGCAAUGAAAUUCAGAUUCUCAGCAACCUUGUGAUGGAGGAACUCUUACCUAGCCUUCAGAGCAUGGUACUUCCUAAAAUGAAAGGGAAGAGGAAUGACAGAAAGAGGGCAUGGUUUGGUAUACUAGAAGACACCUACCAUUUGGUCCAAGAGCAGGUUUCUGAAGGAUUACGUUCACUGAAAGAGGAAUGUAAAGAAGUCACCACAGGUCUUGAAGGAACUAUCCGUUCAAACAUGGAUCAAAUUGUGACCUCCAAGAACCACUUAGUUGGAAAAAUAAAAGAGAGUAUAUCUGAGCCUAUCCAGAUAUGUUGUGGUGAGAGCAUCCAGCCCUUUCUAGCUUCCAUACUGGAGGAACUCAUGGGCCCAGUGAGCUCUGGAUUUAGUGAAGUCCGUCUCCUCUUUGAAAAAGAAGUCAAUGAGAUCAGUCAGAACUUCCAAUCAACAAAAGAUACUGCAAAGCUGAAAGAGAAUGUGAACUACUUGACAAGCCUGCCAUAUAAUUCUGUAAAAAUGGAACCUUGUUAUCUGAAAGUCAACCUUCUUCAAGAACAUCUCCAGGACCUCAACAGCCGCUUCAAAUUUCACAAUAUUGGCUUGGUUAUUCAGAGGACACAGAAUGUAAUGCAGGAGCUUAUGGAAAAUGCGGUGUAUACCUUUGAGCAGCUGCUGGGCCUAAGUCAUGAUAGAGAUAUGGCCAAAAUGUCGACAGCCAUUGAAAAAGUCAAACUUCGUGUCCUUAAGCAAUAUGACUAUGACAGCAGCACUGCUCGGAAAAAGAUUUUUCAGGAUGCCUUGGUCCAGAUCUCUUUGCCCACACUGCAGCGGACAUUGGCCUCAACAUGUAAGCCGGAGCUUCAGAAAUAUGAGCAGUUCAUUUUUGCUGAGCAUAACAACGUGAUACAAGUUGAAAAUGUCUAUGAAGAAAUUUUACUGCAAACUUUGCUCGAUGAAGCCCUAAAAGUGAUAAAAGAGGCUGCCCACUUGAAGAAACACAACCUCUAUGAGGAAAUGAACCUGCCUUCUGAAAGUGUAUCCAGUUUGAGUGAUCUAAAGACCCCUUCGGGAUCAGCACAAGCCAGUCCAGCAAGGAAGCCAUCCACCAACUUAGAGAUAUUGGCCACUGACACUCAAAGUAAUGAAGUGUUCACACCAGAAAAAAUGGCUCAGGAUGGAUGCCAUGAGGCUACAAAGGUGCUGGGCAAUAAAGAAGGGUUUUCUGCUCCAGCAUCUAGUAUUGCUACUGAAGCAAGGGAAGAGGGGACGGUUUCAGAUCUUGGAGGCAACUGGGAGUCACCCUCUGUGAUACUUGGAGCUGCAGAUGAAAAGAGAAUUCCUCAGCUUCCUAUUGUGGUAGAAACAAGUUUGGGUGGAAGUGCAGGAACUUUAAAUAAGGAACCUGUGGAAGAGGAAAAGCUUCCAGUGACUGAUGGUGUGAAUGAAAUAAGAAAAUUACUGACACUGAUAGUUGAACUGCCAGCAGAUGUUCCAUCUGAGAAGAAUGAACAAGUUGUACAUGAAUGUGGGGUUAUAAAGCCACAGGAAUAUGCAGAAGAAACGGAUAAGGAAGACAAAAUGAAUACAAAGGAAUGUCAAACAUGUGAGAUGCAUGAACCUUCCGAAGUACCUUUUCCUCUCAGCAUAGAAGCGGCCGAUAUAAACAAAGCGGGUAUUUCUUUUCUACCCAUUGUAGAAGCUGACUAUAUAAAUGUGACAGGCAUCUGUGGGGAAGGAGGCAACAUCACUCACAUGGAUCCCUUCAAGUUGCCAGAAGAACUAGGUCUUUGUCAAACCUCAAGGGCAGAGUCUGAGACAAAGACAAGCAUAUGGUAUACUGAUGUGAAGAGUGGCAGUCCUGAUCACCAGUCUCAAACAAAGCCAUCUGUUGAAAGUGGUCAGUCUGGCCAGACAGAAGAAGGCCUUUCCCCUUUUCAUUUUGUCCCCAUAGAUGAAAACUCACAAUUGGAACAACAUGCUGAAAGUAGAAAGCUUAACCUGGGAAAAGAAGAGUUUCCUUCCCUUCAGUCAGUUCCAGUGGAUGACAAUUCCCAAACAUGGCAAUAUGUUGAAGAUUCAAGAUCUGACUUACAGAGAGCAGGACACUCCCCUCCUCAUCUUGUCCUGACAGAAGUGGAUGCUGCAUUCUUCCGAGGCUGUCCUGAUGAAACACAAGAGUCCAUUUUGAAUAUUGCAAACUUAGCAAUAGAACCAAUUGAUCGGCCAGUUUCUUCAACAGUAAAAGAGACUGAAGGUAGCAAUCUGGGGGAGUCAGUGCAUUUAGACUCCAAAAACUUCACCUUUGCUCAGAGGGAUGAAUUUAAGCAAGCAGGUGUGACCUUGCCAAGUGCAGAUGUUGGAAAUACAACAGGUGAAACAGACAGAUGGGAAAAUGCUGAGGGAAGCUGUCCUGAGUCACAAUCUGAGAAAUAAAAAAGGUUAUUUUGGAUAUCUAAAGCCUAGCCCUGCCUUAAAAUGAGAAAAGAUUUCUCCUAUUUGAGAGCACUCAUACAUUUUGAAUCUGCAAGUCUUUGAGAAUGUUGAUUGUUUGAACCAUCCAAUUUUUAUCAGUUACUGCUUCUUGUUACUCAAUUCAUUCACACAACUUGGAAGUGGACUACCAAAGACUAAUGACUGUCACUGAAGUGGUGAAGACUCGAACAACUUAUCUCUGAUAUGCUGACAGAAGUUUUUAAACCUUUGAAAUUGCUUUAAAACUGAGAAUAUUUACAAUUAAUGACCCAUUCAUGUGGAUGAGAUUAGAAUAAUGAGUCAGUAAAAUUUAGAAGGACUGGAUCAAAUCAAGUAUUAUUAAGGGAGAGUAAAAAUCUGCAUGAAGCAAGCUAAGAAGAAAAUGCAGGGAAAUCUUCAAUGAAGAGGUAAAACGAUUUCUUGUUGGAGUCUUGCACAGCAUAAUUGUGCAUAUAGGUUUGACCUUUGAUAGCUGGAUAAUUGCUUCUGUAUUUAAAAGCUUUUGACAAUGGAGGGGUCUGAUUCCCUUCCUCUUUUUGUUGUUGCUGUAUUUAAAACUGCCAGAAUAAUUGAAGCAGGUUUCUCUGUGCCAUUCUUCUGCACCUAUUGCAGAGCACUUUAUAUCUUAUUUUCAAAGAAAAUUAACAGAUAUUUACAGUAUCUUGUAUCUAUGCCAAGGUGCUUUAGCCAGGGCUGUAAAAAACCAAAAACAAAUCAAAUUCUGUGUCAACAGUCUAAGUUCCCUACCAAGAAGGAUUGUGCAGCCUGUAUAUGCUAUGCCAGUUAUCAGGAUCUGCAUAUUUCUUACUUUACAUAAUUUAUUCUGAUCCUUCUAGUCAUGGAGCUGUGCAGGUUCUCAGAUCAUCCCAGUACCUUUUUACUUAUUGGACACAAUGCUGGAAGCUAGAAGCAGGCUUACUUAUUACGGAGCAAUUGAGUAACAUUGCGCACUAAUGUUUUCUUGUAUCUCUGUAAGUAAAAGGGCUAGAGGUUUACCUAGACACAAGCAUAUGGAGCAGAUUUGGGGAGGGCGGGACAGGAGGGUGGGACAUCCCAUUGUGCAACUGGAAAUUGUUGGAUAAGGGGCUUGGAUUGCAUACACCUAUAGUUUCAUUUUUGCAGUCACUACUGUGAUGAUAAGCCAUCAUUUUACUAUUUCUAAUUUAUACAUUUCUAAUGUUGGAAUAUUGAAUGGUUGGCAUAUCAUGGCAGUAAUGACUGCAGCAAUAUCCUACAGGUUACAUGCUGAAUGGGUUUUUGAAGAUAUUUUAAUCUAUAGCUAAACUCUUCCAUUUCCCCACAUGUGCAGAGCUCAAAAAGUUUUCAUAUAGAUGUGUGCUAGGAACACUGAAUUAUGGCAGCUGGGCAUACUUAUAGGACCCUUAUUUGCAAUUAGCUUUACAGCUGCCAUGGUCAGCAUUUUCUCUCUCAUACUCUCUGUCUUGCCCCUGGUUUGGCAACUGGGAGAAGGCAACUGGUAUUACUCAGAUUUAGCUCUGCAGUCUCCAGUUGCUGAUCCCUGUUUUUGGAAUACACCAGGGGUGCCUAACCCACACCUGAUAUACCCUCUAAGCAAUUUUUUCUCCUCCCCAAGACCCAACUGGUCUUGGUGAUAGCAGUACAAAAGGAAAAAUUAAAGUAGGCACAGUACUGGAGUGGUUGGAAUGCAGUGCCCUGAUGAGGAUGCAAAUUGCCCACACACGGGUCAUUGGAUCAAUCAUUUGACCAAAGAGGGGUGAUAACCCCCCUCUUCAGUUGAGCUGCACAGAUCAGCUGAGGAGGUGGGGCUGUCUGCUUUUGUGUGUGUGUGUGGUCUGUGAGCGCAUACGAGUGUGUGUGAUGGCUACACGCACUGCUGGCAUAUGCCCCUGGAGAGUUGGCCAAGGGUGAAUGCGGCCCUCAGCCAAAAAUAUUGGCCACCUGUGGUGUACAAUAAAUUGUGAAAUUCAGUUGAGGUGUGUUUUUAAAUUUUAGAAUCAGAAAUACCAAAAAUAUUUUAACUUGUAAAUUUUUGUCUAACUUUGGAAUGCAAAUUAUUCAUGCCUUCAGAAAUAUGUCUUUUCAAAUAUACUUUUUGUUUUUCUAAAUAGGAAGUCAGAAAAUAAUUUUUGCUUUAACAAAAACAUGUUCUAUACAGAUUAAAACAAGCACUAACCACUAUUUCAUGGAAAGUUGUCUCAUAGACAAGGCAUACAUUCAUUUACACAUUCCAGUAUUUUUUUGUGUGUAGUAUAACUUUCCUUUGGGGGGAAACCCUUAGAGCAACCAUAUUUUUCAAUAAAUGAUUGACUGGGGGGAAAAAGUUGUUUUCUCCAUGUCAGCAUAACAUCAGAAAUUUAAUGACAAAGCUUCAUCUCUAUGCCUGCAAAGCAGUCACACAUAUCUGGAGACUUCCAAAAAUGGCAAAGCUGCCAUGAGCAAAUAUGGUGAAGUUUUAAGUAGAACUCUUUAUACAAAACAAGAGGCAACUACAGAAAAUGAUGACCUAUGCUGGGUUCCCCCAUUCUGUAACAUCUAGUAUAACUUACCUUACGCCCUGACAGCAUUAUGCUAUGCUUUUGCCCACCUCGGCUCCACACCGUUGGCAAUGGGGACAGGAAAAUGAUCAGUGUGAUGAUGUCAGAACAUGAGGUAGGCUGUGCUAGACUUUGUGGGAGAGAGGUAGAAUUGAUACAAGUCUGUUGGCAAGUAAAGGGUUCCUGAGAGUAUUUUUUCCAUGGCAGAGUUACAAGGCCAAGACGCUCAGAGUCCGUGCAGAUCUCAAGGACAAGUAUCCAAGGCAACCAGCUGGCCUUAUCUAUAAGACUUGGCAGAUCUGGCCAGUUGGUGUGGGGGUCGAGGAGUUUGUACAGAGAGAGAGCUUGUGAUAUAUUCUAUUGUCAGUAAAGUGACUCUUAAAACUUAUUACUUGUCUGGCUCAUUGCAUCAACUGGAAUCUAGCCUGUCACUAUUCUGUUCUGCAUCCUGGGCACCUGCUUGCGCCAGAUACAACAUCCAACAAAGUCUACCAUUUUCAUCAACAGUUUUGUCCCAUGUUUCUUACGUUGGCUGCUGCCUUCACACAUAAUGGUAAACCAUAAACUUAUUGUGCACAAUCAGCUAGUGCACCCUGCUUGAUCAUUCCAGCUUCUCUCCUCCUCUUGCACAAAUGGGAGCAACAGAGCACAAUCUUUGGCUUCCUGUAAUGUCCAAAACUGGGAUCAUGGUUUGUUUCACCCUAAACAAAUCAGUUCCAGGUUCGUGCAUCAUGGUAAGCCAAAAACCAUGGUUUAUAGCUUAUGCUAGCGGAGGAGCAAGACAGGAGUGAUCAUGCAGUAUGCACUAGCAUACCGCUUGUUCACUAUAACCUGCAGAUUCUGGUUUACCAUGAUGCGUACAUGCUGUAGUUUUGCCUUCAGUUUCUGGAGCUCUAAUAAGCUUAUUUGCAAUCAAAUCCUAACUGUUUUCUUGGAAACCAGUCCCUUUGGUUUUGGUUGAGCAUGCUUUUCACUUCAAAAGAAAUGUGUCUAGCACUGUAAUCUUACAACAGGCAAAUCCUUAAUUUUUCUGUUUAUUUUUUCUUGUUAAGGGCUUGUUGGGUAUUUGACUAACAAACUCAGAUUUUAAGUUGUGUUCCCUGCCUGCCCCCUUUCCUUAAUUCAAAAAUUAACUUUAAGAAGCAGCCAAUAUGUAACAACUUCAUGUGUAAAUAAUAAAUUUCCUAAGGCGGUAUGUUCCAGGCAUCAGUUAGUGUUCUUAUGUGGGUUCUUUAUUUCAUCUAAUUAACUAGUAUGCGCAUGGAAAUUAUAAAACAGUGUAAUGCUCUUAACCUUUUUCAAGUGCUUAUGCCAAAAUAAAAUAUUGU